AUGUUCAACACCACUCUGAGUCCAUCCACCAACCUCUACAUGAACUCUACCAGUGACCCCAGUGGACGACCACCAUGGUACCAGUUCCCAGUGUGCGCCGUGGCCCCUUAUGGCUUCAUUUUCUACUUUGGGGUCAAAGUGUUCAACCUGGCGGUGGGGACGCCCUGUAACGUCCUGGUCAUCUGGCAGAUCGCCAGCAAGAAGAGCGACGCGGCUACGUCGGACAUCUUCAUCUUCAGUCUGGCCAUCCUGGAUGCCUACUUCUGCCUGAUGACGCCCAUAGAGAUGGUCAACCGGUUGCUGCUGGACGACAGUCGCAUCUGGUACUUCCAAAGGUUCGCAUAUGGCCUCAAAGAUGUAGCACCACUCUUCUUGGUGUGCAUCUGCCUCGACCGGUACGUAGCCGUGGUUCACCCCAUACUGUUCACCGGUAUCCGAGACAACAAGAUCCGCUUCGGCAUCUCUGUGGUGGUCUGGGGGCUCAUCCUGGCUUACGGCCUCACCAAGAGCAUCCUGGGAGUCAUGAGCGUCAACGAAGUCUUCAGUGGCGUCAUCCUCUUUGCCUUCGCAGUCAUGGUCUUCUGCAACAUGUCCAUCAUCUGGGUGCUCCGUCGCUCCGUGGUGGGAAAAGAGGAGAUGCACCCGGUGAAGAAGAAGGCCUUCAAGAUGGUGCUGAUCAUCCUGGCCAUCAUCGUGGCGAACUACCUGCCCCCUGUGGCGCUCAUGCCCUUCGUGCCCUACUACACGUUUGUGCAGUUCCGCUGCCAGAUCAGCAUAAGCGUAUUCUCCAUCAUGGAUCUGAGCUGCAGCAUCGAGCCUCUCCUCUACAUCACCAAGAUGGAGCGCGUAGACAGCAAGUGCUGCGGACGGAGCUUUGCUAAGGCAGAAGAUGUCAAGGUGUGA